AUGAACAAGGCACAGUAUGACAACUUGAUAGAGGAACUAGGUCUUCAGGAAGUUGAGGAAAAUGCCAAGAAGAGCGUGAGUGUGAAGACGAGAAAAAUCAGGACUACUGAGACAAACAACGACGAUCAAUUCCUCAAGGAGCUCGAUAAGAACAUUGAGCUGACGCAGCCCGACGGGGAGCUGGAUGAGAUAUUACAAAAAUACAGUUCUUCAGAGCAGAUGGUAAUGUUGAACGGACGACAGAUACCCAUCAAACAAGCACUUUUUGCUCUCACCGUGGAAGUCUCUUUGGAGGACGACGAACAAAUCGGGUUUCAUCUUCGUGUGCGUAGCAAUGCACAGUUCAAAACAAUCCUGCGCGAGAUACUAAAACAACUUGAGCUACAUAACAGGAAACUUCCUCCAGGUUGGACAGAAGACAUUGAGUCGCUAGUAUUCUAUGUGCAGGAUCACGAUAUAAUUUUGACUCAGGAUUUGCGGGUCGGGUCUCUGCUGCUCUCUGGUGCACAGCUACCCCUAAGCGACGCUGGAGAUGCGUUUGCGAUCACUGCUGUUCUGACUCAGGAAGUUAUGGCUCGUAGACAAAGAAGAGAGGCCUCGCUGGAGAAACUGGCUCAGUCCCAAGAUCAAACGGAAGAUUUGGACGAAGAUGAGCUGAUUAUAAUCAUUUUGGACCCACAGAGAGAUUACGAAAGAACAUCGCUCUCUGCAGAAAAGGGAACCACGGUGAAAGAGCUUCUGGAUAUUUUUUUAGUGCGCAUGAAUUAUCCGGAUAGCUUAAACAUCGAGCUUCAGCGCGACGGUCUGGUGCUUGACAAAACAGUUUCGGUGGAUUUUCAGCUGAAAAAUAAUGAUAUAGUUGAGGUGGUGUACAACUUGGAGGACUUGGAAUCCUUUGGGGAGCAUGAAGUCACCGUGGUUAGCGAUGAGGACGUUAUGGAGCCUGAAAACAUACGGAGCUGGAGGACGGUUAUUUAG